GUCAGCCAUCGCUUCUCCGCGACAAGGAAGGCCAGGGCAUGGAGUCCGUCCCAGGGAGAGCAGGAUGGUCCCCCCACCUCUGCUGAGCUUUCUCAGCCCACCAAGGUGCUCCCAACAGAAGAUCUUGGAUUUUACGCUGGUCAGCGUCAACACCCCCUGCCCCCGAGCUGCUGUUCAGCGCCCCCGGGCGCCCGGCCAUGGCAGCGCUGCGCCACACAGAGUCCACACUGACGGCGCUGGACGAGGACACGCUGUGGGAGCUGCUGGAGAGCCACUGCCACAAGAUCGUGUGCAGCAUCUGCCCCAGCCGCCUCACCCCCUCCCUGCGCCAGGCCAAGGUGCUGGACCAGCUGGACGAGGAGGAGGUGCUCCACAGCCCCGGGUUCACCAACACCGUCAUGAGAGUCGGGCACUUGCUGGAUUUGCUGAAGACUCCAGGGAAGAAUGGGGCCAUUGCCUUCCUUGAGAGCCUGAAGUUCCAUAACCCUGACAUCUACACCCUGGUCAGGGGGCUGCAGCCCAAGAUGGACUUCAGCAACUUCAGGGGGCUCAUGGAGACGUCCAAGCUGACCGAGUGCCUGGCCGGGGCCAUCAGCAGCCUGCAGGAGGAGCUGAGCCAGGAGAAGGGGCAGAAGGAGGCCUUGCUACGGCGCUGUCAGCAGCUGCAGGAGCGCCUGAGCCAGGCUGAGGCCCACGCCCAGAGCCUGGGCCAGAUGGAGGCCGACCACGACCGCAUGAAGCGCGAGGUCAGUGCCCACUUCCACGGGGUGCUGAAGCUCAAGGACGAGAUGCUCAAUCUGUCCCUACGCUACAGCAACGCGCUGCAGGAGAGGGAGCUGGCCACCACGCGCUGCUGCAGCCUGCAGGAGGAGGUACGCGGGCUGGCCCCCCAGCCCCCCGCCCGGGGCCCCUCCGGUGCUGGCCUGUGCAGCCAUGAGCUGCCCUGCCUGGAAUACCCUGGGGACUGGCUGGCCCGGGAGGUGCCCUCAGUGGGUGGGGAGGCCCGCCCUGGGCCCCGCCGCCGUGGACACACCUGGGAUCCACCUCGCUCCAGCGCUGUUGGUAACCUGGGGCCCGUGGGCCUCUGCCCGCCCCUCCUGUAUCGUUCUCAGCGGGGCCUGGGUCUGUGCAAUAGGCCAGAGUGUCAUCAGUGA